ACAACAGUCACAAUUUUUCACCUUGCAAUAGAAACUUCGUACAUCUUUUUUUGCAACACCUUUAACCAGCAUCAUUCAAAAUGGCAUCUGUGGUUACCAAGAAGGGAAAAAAGAGCGGAGAUACUAUCAACUCCAAGCUUGCCCUCACUAUGAAGAGUGGCAAGUACGUCUUGGGCUACAAGUCUACCUUGAAGGUUCUCCGCUCUGGUAAGGCCAAGCUCAUCUUGAUUGCCGGCAACUGCCCUCCUCUCCGCAAGUCUGAGCUUGAAUACUAUGCUAUGCUUUCCAAGGCCAAUGUUCACCACUACUCUGGUUCCAACAUUGAUCUCGGUACCGCUUGCGGUAGACUCUUUAGAGUCGGUGUUUUGGCUAUUACUGACGCUGGUGACUCCGACAUUUUGGAAGCUUAGACAAAAUGAAUAAGCCAAUAAAUUUCCAUAAUUUAUGUUGCUGUGGUUUCUUAUAUAUUUUAUGUAAUAUUGUAACUGAUUAGUUUUUCAUCUUGAAGCAGAC